AUGCCAGUUCCUGUUCCUGAACUCGGUUCAUUUAACUUCGUUCCCGAGACGAAAGAGGAUCUUGACUGGGCUGAUCUUGUCACGCUCGACUUCAAUCUUUUCGCCACUGCAGAGGGCAAAAAGGCACUUGCAGCCACUUUCGUCAAGGCCGUGCGCGAAUAUGGAUUCUUCUACGUGAAGAACUUCAACAUCUCGCAGGAGCGCGUGAACAGGCAGUUCUCCGUCGGCAAGCAGUUCUACGAGCUCCCUCUGGAGGAGAAGCUCAAGUAUGUCCCGGAGGGUUUGGAGGACGGUUACUACAACGGAUACGUCCCCGCCGGCCGUAGGAUUCUUGAUCCCGUGUCUGGUCUGAGAGACCGUGUUGAGGUGUACAACAUUCCGAAGUUCAACGGCGAUUUUGAGCACCAGCACCCGGCUAUCAUCCAAGAGCAUAUCUCUGAAAUCGAAGAGUUUGCGAGAUCCCUUCACACUGAGGUCCUCGAUCCCCUCCACGUGCUGCUUGCCCUUGCGCUCGAGCUCCCAGAGGACUACUUCCUCAAUAUUCACAGGUAUGAUGUGAAGAGCGAGGACCACCUCCGCUACAUGAAGUACUCUAAAUACACCCCGGAAGAGAAUUUGAAGAUCGGGAAGAAGUGGGUUGAUGGGCACACGGACCUCGGCUCCUUCACGCUGCUGUUCCGUCAGCCUGUCGCGGCACUGCAGAUCAAGAACCCAAUCAACGGCGAGUGGAAAUGGGUUAAGCCCCAGGACGGCACUAUCACCGUCAACACCUGCGACGCAUUGAACUUCCUCACUGGCGGAUACGUCAAGAGCACCAUCCACCGUGUUACCUCUCCUCCGAAGGAUCAGGAGCAUGUCGAUAGGCUCGGGCUGCUCUACUUCUCUCGUCCGAACAACGAGGUGGUGCUUGCUACCGUGAAGGAUUCGCCCGUUCUUCAGCAAGAGGGUCUCACCCAGAACAACUUCGAGAAUGAUGGCCACAAGGUUCCGACCAUGGAAGAGUGGACGUUCGCGAAGCAGAAAUGGCAACGCGUCAACAAUAUCGCUCGCGGUGAUCUGAAGCACGAGACGGCGCAGAUUCUUCCGGGUUUCAGAGAGCAGGUUUAUGCUUAA